UAAUCCCUCAUUGGGAAUUUUUACCCCCUCAAAGUUCCUGUUCACCCCAAUUAAAUUUUCCAUCCAGCUUCAGGAGAUGUAGAAGAUAUCCCUUUUUCUUUCCAUCACCUCCAAGAAAUGCAGUCCCUUGGCUCUCCUUUUUGACAACAUCUAGCUUGCGAUUGUUUUUUUUUAACUCCCCAACCCACUUUGAAUUUUCAACAUUAUUGGAGGAAAAAAAACUGGAAUCAAUUAAAAGGACAUUUUCUAACAUCGACCAAUUUUAAAAAGCAGUUUAAUGGGAACAGGUCUCUUCACCCUGUUCAGUCUUUACUCAUCGGUCAAGUAUUCCUUCAGGAUCCACAUAGUGCGGAGUGACCCUUCAAGAAGUGCUUGAGAUCACCAGGAAACAUCUCAGCCACAGUAGGGAGAUUCACGUAAAGCCUGUCGCAGGCAUCCGGGACGAGAUCCCAGCAUCGCUGAAGAGCUCCUGACCUGGAAGAGUACAGACUUGUGCCAGUACGACCAUGCAAGGAAAUGACUGCUAUUUCUACUACUACUCAACCUGUAGUAAGGGUGACAGCUGCCCUUUUCGUCACUGCGAGGCUGCCAUUGGUAGCGAGACUGUCUGCACCCUAUGGCAAGAGCAGAUGUGCUUCCGCAAAAUCUGCAAGUUUCGCCACAUGGAAAUAAAGAAAAACCGUAAGGAGAUCCCAUGCUAUUGGGAGAACCAGCCGGAAGGUUGCCAGAAACCUCACUGUGCUUUCCAUCAUGUGAAGUCACGCAUCAUUGAUGGGAAUUGUUUCCCUCCAGAUGAAGGGCAAGUAGUCCAGAAGGAAAAAGAUGAUGUCCCACACGAGGACCAAGUCAUCCAACUCUCUUCACCAUUUGCACCCCCCACCAACCCACAGCUUAGAGGAGUCAUUAGAAAUGAGACCCAAGAAAAUGUGCCCAGCCCUACACAUCCACCAGUGGUCAUCAACCCUGUGGAUGAUGAUGAUGAUGAAGAUGACCAGUUCGCAGAGGAAGGAGAUGAAUCGCUUGGAGGCUCACCCAGGAAACUGAUCACAAAUGAUUCUCUGAACUUUGGAAUCCAGACACUAGAGGAGAUCAGAUUGAGGAAAGCACUUUUGGCCAAUCUAAAAAUGACUGGGCAGUCCACAUUGCAAGGUGCUGAUCAAAGCAAAGGAACUGCUGUUGAAACGGAAAAAAUUCGAUCUCUCCCUCGGCCGGAAAUGAACAAUGCCAAGAUUGAUUCUUCUGUUAAUGAAAUUGGAAAGAGAAAAAUUACAGACAGACUUGGGAAAAGAAUUUUUGGAAGAGAUGUUCCUAUGGAAGGAGAAAUACCUUUGAAACGAAGCCUUGCUGAACGUCUUUGUGGAGUUGUUGGAUCCUCCGCAGAGCAUGCAGACACGCCACCACAGAAUACUCAGAAACCAGUGCGUGAAAGACUUGGAUUGACCACUGACCUCGCUACUAGUGGUAUGGAGACAAAGUCAUCUGGCGACAUUCGUAUAAAAUCCCUCAAGGAGAUUCGGCAAGAGAAAGCUGCCAGAACCGUCAAAGCGAGUAAAGUGGUGCAUGUUGUCAAAGAAGUCCCAUCAAAGGAGUCGAGCCCUUCCAAAAAAACUGCUGGUGGACCUCAAGUUAAGACUUUCUCUGAAAUCCUUCAUGAAAAGAAAAAACUACAGAAGGAAAAAGCCCAGGAAGUGAACGCUGCUGCUAGAAGCCCAGAGCGAAAUGAGGGCCCUUCCACUGUCGCUGCUGGGGUGGUGAGAGUGAAGACACUAGAGGAGAUACGAAGGGAGAAGGCUGCACGAAUGCAGGCACAACUUAAAGAGACGACAAACGACAAGGCCACAGCCUCUAGUGAGCCUAGUGGAGCUCCAAAGAGGCGCAUUCUGCGCAUUAACAAAACCUCACCAGCUGCAAACAAAGUGAGUCAGACAAAACUAGAUGCAUCUGACAAGAAACUGGAACCUGCAACAGAGGCAAAUGGAAAAGGGGACAACUCUGGCGAGACUGUUAAAGUGAAGUCGUUUGAGGAGAUCAUGCGAGAGAAGAGACUCCGCAAGCAGCAGGAGGAGCAAGGCACUUCCACCAUCCAGAAAGAAGCAGGGCCAGCUGCACCUGCUGCCUCACCACCAGCCUCUGAACCCUCCACCCAGCCUCAGACCUCAGUAGGACACCGCAUUACCCUCAAACCCAAAACCCCUCCAGUCCCUGCUGCUGUAGUGCCCCAGCAGAGCUCCCCUAAGCAAUCUGGGGAGAGUGCUCCAUCUUCAAAGACACUUAUGCCCUCAACCCCUGCAAUUAUACCUGUCCAGCUAACUGAGGGAACCAUUCAAACACUAGAGACCAAAGUGAAGCCUAAGGUCAAUGUGAAGCCAUCAGUGAUGAAGCCAGCAUAUCAGCCUGAACUGAAGAGGAAAGCUUCUAAGGUUCAUCACUCUGCUGUUGCUGAAGUGAAACCACAUAACACUGCCCAUCAAACGCCCUCAUUAUUGGAUAUUCCCAACAAGUGGCUAAAGGUGGCUUCACCUAACCAUGUGACGGACGUUCAGUCUGACACUCAGCAGGUGCCCUCCAACACUGAGGAUGUUAAAACAGUGCCUACGCUUGAGCCCAGCAGUACCACGUCAACAGCUUCUGAGACCGUUGCUGUCCCUAAAAGCCCUGUGAUCAGAACACCUAGUUUGCAGCUUUCUAGGCGGUCCAGUACGGCUGCUCGUACUCCCGCUGCUGUUGCCGUUAGCAGUUCAUCAGUGGACGACUUUGAAGACCUGUUAGAUGAAUUUACUGAUGAUCGGCUGGAGGAUGAUUUGGAAUUGGACCCGGGCAAGGGUGAGGACGACCUCCUUUUAGAACUCUCCGAGAUGAUCGACAAUUAGACAUUGAACGGUCUACAUCCCUUCACUUACAGGCCUGUGCCCUCUGCCCCAUACAAACCCACUGCCACUAAGGAUUAGAAAAGCCUUCAUGACUUUUAGUCUACAGCAUUUUAAAUUAAAAUGUUUUAUUUUCAAAUAAAUGUCUGUUUUUAUGGUUCUUUUUCUCACUUUUUUUUUUGUUUUUUUGUCAAUGUAAAUAUGAUUUUGUCAUCAAAUUGUACUCGAUUAACUGGUUUUGCCCCCUCAAUUUUCUUGUAUUUUACUUCUGUUGUCAAAAAAGGAAAAACCUUUGUUCUGAUGUUGCAGGUAUUGUUUAACAAGCCACCGUUGUAACAGCCUCGGGUAUAUUGUGUUGGAAGUCAUAUAGCACUAGCACACAAAUCAUGUUACAAAGGAAGUUUUCACUUGUGUACUAUGUAUACUGAAAGUAGUUUUGCAAGGCCACACCCUUCUUAAUAUUGUCUUUGAUUCACAUGUUUAUAAAGUGAGUCAUUAAGUGUUCCUUUGCCUGUGUUCAUUUUUGAGAAGAUUAUUUUAAUGGAAAAUUUCCCUCAUCUUUGUAUCUUAUAUCUGUCUGUUGUUUAUUGAUCUGACAUGGAACUAAAGGACAGGGAUCCUGCAUUUAUUUUUUUCUCCCCUUCGGGUAGAAGCAAUUCUAUUGCAAAUUUUACACUCAUUUUAAUUGCCUUGUGAACACCUGUACAUUUUCACCUCUAGUAGUUCAUGUGAAAUUGGUUUAAUGUGUUUUAGCAAUCAUGUACCUUCUCGGACUUCUGAUUUCAGUAAGAGGAAUGUAAAUAAGAAAAAGCUGUAUUCUCAGGGAAAACGUUUCAGCAUUGGAACUGCUUAUCUUUAUAUCCUUUUCAUGUUUUAUUUGGAACAGUCUUGUCCAUCCAUGUCAUCCAAGCUUCCUUUUUAUCAAGUUUGAACUUGUGUCAUGCAUUCAAAUCUUGGAUGUGAAAUGUAUUUUCUGCUGGUGGAUGUGCCUAUUCUUGAAUGGCACCUCUACAAACCAUCUUUGUAAAUAAAAUGUCUUUAUGAGAAUA